GUCGUCGACGACGACCCCUUGAAGUGGGGCAAGGCGGCGGAGGAUCUUACGGGGAGCCAUCUCGACGAUGUGAGGAGGAUGGUGGAGGAGUACCGCAUGCCGCUGGUGAAGAUCGACGGCGCCAUGCUCAGCGUUGCCAAGGUGGCAGCCGUCGCCGGCGAGGCCACCCGACGGGUUCAGGUGGUGCUCGAUGAAUCCGCACGACCCCGCCUAGAGGCUAGCCGCGAGUGGGUCUUCGACAGCACCAUGAACGGCACCGACACCUACGGCGUCACCACCGGCUUCGGCGGCGCCUCCCACCGCCGCACCAAGGAGUUCCGCGCGCUCCAGACAGAGCUCAUCCGAUACCUCAACGCCGGCGUGUUUGGAGCCAGCAGCAGUGACGGCUACACGCUGCCGGCGGAGGUGACGCGUGCGGCCAUGCUCGUGCGCAUCAACACCCUCACCCAGGGCUACUCGGGCAUCCGCUUCGAGAUCCUCGAGGCCAUCGCCAAGCUGCUCAACGCCAACGUGACGCCGUGCCUGCCGCUCCGGGGCUCCAUCACCGCGUCCGGCGACCUGGUCCCGCUGUCCUACAUCGCCGGCCUCAUCACGGGCCGCGGUAACUCCGCGGCGGUGGCCCCGGACGGCACCAAGGUGGGCGCUGCCGAGGCGUUCAGGAUCGCCGGCAUCGACCACGGGUUCUUCGCGCUGGAGCCCAAGGAAGGGCUCGCCAUCGUCAACGGCACGGCCGUGGGCUCCGGUCUCGCGGCGAUCGUGCUCUUCGAGGCCAACGUCCUCGCCGUCCUUGCCGAGGUCCUCUCGGCGGUGUACUGCGAGGUGAUGGCCGGCAACCCGGAGUACACCGACCACCUCAUCCACGCGCUGAAGCACCACCCUGGACAGAUCGAAGCUGCGGCCAUCAUGGAGCACGUACUGGAAGGCAGCUCCUACAUGAAGCUUGCCAGGGAGCAGGCCGAGCUUGACCCGCUGACGAAGCCGAAGCAGGACAGGUACGCGAUCCGAACGACGCCGCAGUGGCUCGGCCCGCAGGUGGAGGUCAUCCGCUUCGCCACCAAGUCGAUCGAGCGGGAGAUCAACUCCGUCAACGACAACCCGGUCAUCGACGUCGCCCGCGGCAAGGCGCUCCACGGCGGGAACUUCCAGGGCACCCCCGUCGGGGUGUCCAUGGACAACACGCGUCUCGCCGUCGCUGCCAUCGGCAAGCUCAUGUUCGCGCAGUUCACCGAGCUUGUCAGCAGCUUCUACAGCAAUGGCCUUCCCUCCAACCUCUCCGGCGGGCGCGACCCGAGCUUGGACUACGGCUUCAACGGCGCCGAGGUCGCCAUGGCGUCCUACUGCUCUGAGCUCCAGUUCCUCGCCAACCCGGUGACCAACCAUGUGCAGACCGCGGAGCAGCACAACCAGAGCGUCAACUCUCUCGGGCUCAUCUCCUCCAGGAUGACCGCAGAGGCCGUCACCAUCCUGAAGCUCAUGUCCUCCACUUUCCUGAUCGCCCUGUGCCAGGCCAUCGACCUGCGGCAACUCGAGGAGAGCAUCAAGGCCGCUGUUAAAAAGUGCGUGGCGCGUGUCGCCAAGAAAUGUCUGGCCAUGGACGACGACGCCGCCGCCGCCGCCGCCCAGCUGCUCGGCGCUGUUGAUCGCGUGGCGGUGUUCACGUACGCGGAGGACCCGUGCAGACCCAGCUUGCCACUGAUGCAGAAGCUCCGCGUGGUGCUCAUGGAGCAUGCGCUCGGCGCCGCCGAGGGGGCUGUGGAGACGACCUCCAUCCUGGCCAAGGUGGCUGAGUUCGAGCAGCAGCUCCGCGCGGUGCUGCCCGACGAGGUGGAGGCCGCACGCGCGGCUGUGGAGAGCGGCACGGCGCCGAAGAGGAUCGCCGAGUGCCGCUCGUACCCGCUGUACAGGUUCGUGCGCGAGGAGCUCGGCGCCGAGUACCUGACCGGCGAGAAGACGCGGUCGCCCGGGGAGGAGGUGGACAAGGUGGUGAUCGCCAUGAACCAGCGCAAGCACAUCGACCCACUGCUGGAGUGCCUCAGCGACUGGAAAGGCGCGCCCCUGCAUGCCACUUAG